UCAUAUCUUUGUUUUGCCGGAUGUAGGUCUCUGGAUCUGCAGUGGCCAUGGCGGAGGUCAGCGGCUGUUUGAGGAGCGGAGCACACAAACUCUCUGUUGCUAUAACACUACAGAGACGUUAUCAUCAUCAUCUGUCCGCGGCGGAUGAGUUUACGAGCCCUGCCGGUUCUGACAGGACUCACGGAGUGACCAAACAACCGCGGAUCCGAGGCUACUGCACCGGACCGCGCGAGGAGCACCGGAGCCCAACCGCCUACUACGACAUCCUGAGGGUUUCGCCAGGCGCCACGCCAGCGCAGAUCAAGAGCGCCUAUUAUAAACAGUCCUUCAUCCAUCACCCGGACCGGAACCGGAACCGCAGCGAGGACGCGGCGCGGCUCUUCGCGCUCGUCGCAGAAGCCUACAGUGUGCUCGGCGACAGCGGCCUCCGGAGGAAGUACGACCGCGGGAUACUCAACCGGACCGACGUGCAGAGCGCCGGGAGACCGUCGACGCCUCGACGCGCCCCUGACGCGAGCGCUCACUUCGACUUCGACGCGUUCUAUCAGGCGCAUUACGGCGAGCAGCUGCAGAGAGAGCAGCAGAUGAGACGCAGGCGAGAGCAGACGCGCCAGCAGCAGCAGCACAAGCUCAGAACCUGGAGACGGAUGAAGAUGAACGAGGUCACGGUCGCCUUGCUGCUGCUCUGCGGAGGCGGCAUUCUUAUCAGCCUGAGGUCUUGAAUCAGCGCCGACGAGGUUUGCUUGUAAAGGCUUCAUAGACAUGAACGCUGUUAACCACGGAAGAAGAAGCUUAGCAGUUGAGUGUUGUAUUUACAUCAUUAUUCGCAUUUCCUGUGAAUGUGUAGCCUAUAUAACAAGAAGAGGAAGAAGUGCAGCAAACUAAUUGCACUGCAAUCCACAGUGUUUAGUACGAUAGUGAAAAGACAAAUACAAGUUUGUAGCACUGUAUAAUUUUGGCCGUCUGAGACACAUUUUGUGAAUCCUAGAAAAUGCAUCAUAAACCUGUAACUGAUUAAUGACCAUUGCCAUCAAAGUUCACCUACUAUAAGGUUAAUUUUUUAAUAUACACUACCAGUCAGACAUUUUUGAACGGUG